GAUGUCCAGGACUUUACCGUUAUGUCCCCUGUUCACGAUAUCCAUAUUCGAGGCCUCCCGUUCCACGCUUCAGGGCAGGAUAUUGCAAAUUUUUUCCAUCCGAUAAUGCCUUUGAAGAUCAGCAUUGAGUACAGCGCAGACGCUGGUGGCGCUACUGGAGAAGCGGUUGUGAGGUUCUUGACUCAUGAGGACGCUGUAGCAGCCAUGGCUAAAAACAGAUGCCAUACUCAACAUGGGUAUUUAGAACUUUAUCUGAAUUCAUCUCCAGAAAGUAAAUGAGAGCAGUGUUUGAUAUUAUGUUGCACACAUCUUUCUUAGAAAGG